ACACAAAUCACUUCAAAGAUGAUUGUUUCACUGGCAUUCGCGUUGUUGUUUCCCUCUUUAUUGAUGUCUAUGGUGACGAAUCAUAAUUAUACGAUUUUUGUCGACGAUGGUGGAACACCACACCUGAUCGACAUGAAUGAACCUAAAUUCACGCAGACAGAACUCGAGGAGUUAGCUAAAUCCGCUGAAAAAACUACCUUCUAUUUGUACACUCGAAGUAAUCCCGUAAUUGGACAGGAGCUGGUCAUCGACGAUAUAGACAGUGUAAAAAAAAGUUUUUGGAAUCCUGAUCAUCCCACUCGACUGGUCACGCAUGGAUGGAAAGGAAAUAGCGGACAACCCGCUUGCACUCAGAUUCGAGACGCUUAUCUCAACGUUGGCGAUUAUAAUAUCAUCCUGAUCGACUGGCGGGAAGUAGCCAAACACAUAUAUUUGAAGGCCGUGAGAAAUAUGCCAUUAGUGUCACAACGCGUGGCCCUUCUGAUAGACUUCUUAGAAAACAAUGCAGAUCUCGAUCCUAACAGAACCACGGUAAUCGGAUUCUCCUUGGGAGCACAUGUCGCUGGUCUUAGCGCUCGUUUCGCGACUAGCGAGAUCGGCGAAGUAGUCGCUUUAGAUCCCGCGGGACCUUUUUUCGAAUCAAAAAAACCAGGAGAAAGAACGGACAAGUCUGACGCGAUUUACGUACAAGCGAUUUACGUACAAGUGAUACACACUUGUACGAAGGCUCUGGGUAUAAAAUUGGCAAUCGGCACUUCUGAUUUUUAUGCCAAUGGCGGCGGAGAGCAACCAGGAUGUGAUCCGAUCAGAUGGAUCGGUGAUAGCAAAGCGAGUUGUUCGCACUCGAGAGCUUACCAAUAUUAUGUCGAAUCCAUCACAAAUCCUACAGGUUUUCGCGUUGAUAAUGUGUUUAUGGGAGGACCAUCCCUCGAUUUGAACGCAAAAGGCGUUUAUACUCUGAAAACAGCCAACCAACCACCAUUUGCCCUGGGAUAACAAUUAACAUUAUUGUUGUACGAUAUUAAGAAAUAAAUUUUUUUUAUUUCAAA